AUGCAGUCCCAAGCCAUCAAAGCCAACGGCUUCGUCUUCGUCUCGGGCCAAAUGCCCGCCACAUUGGAGGACGGGAAGAUCAAGCUGACCGAAGGCACGGUCGGCGACAAGGCUCACGCCGUGUGCCGCAACGCCGCGACCGUCCUUGAAGCCGCGGGAUCCAGCCUGGAGAAAGUUGUAAAGGUCACCGUUUUCUUUGCGAACCUCGAUGAUUUCGCCGAGUUCAAUGAGGUCUAUGGGGGAUACUUCCCUCAGCGGCCCGCGAGGAGUGCUAUCGAGGCGAAGCGAUUGCCGGCAGGUGUGACUUUGGAGAUGGAGCUGAUUGCAGUAGAGUGA